GGCGGGGCCUGCUGAGGAGGAGGAGGGAGGAGAAGGAGGCGGGCGGCGGAGCCAGCGCGCCUGCCCGACCGGAGGCGGCGGCGAAGGCGAAAAAGCGGGGUCUGCGGGCCGGGCCCCAUGGGCGGGUGUGUGGGCUCCCACCACGACUCCUCGGGCAGCCUCAACGAGAACUCGGACGGCACGGGAGUUGCACUAGGUCGUAAUCAGCCCCUGAAAAAGGAGAAACCAAAAUGGAAAAGUGAUUAUCCAAUGACAGAUGGACAGCUGCGCAGCAAGAGAGAUGAAUUUUGGGACACUGCACCUGCUUUUGAAGGCCGCAAAGAAAUCUGGGAUGCCUUGAAGGCCGCAGCACAUGCAUUUGAGAACAAUGACCAUGAACUAGCACAAGCAAUCAUUGAUGGUGCAAACAUCACAUUACCCCAUGUCUCAACACAGUGUUUAAACGGUUCCGGCCCAGCUUAUCUGUCCAAACGUGUCUCCCUCUACGACCCACCUCGAAGCUUAAGAUCAUCAGAUGAGGCCCUGCUCACGGUCCCGUCAGCCUCACAGGUGCGGCUGGGGGGUAUGAGAGACAGGGCUUUUUCAGUAGUGGCUCCCCGCCUAUGGAACGCCCUCCCCAUUGAAGUCAGGAAGGCUCCCUCCCUCCUAUCCUUCCGUAGGAAGGUUAAAACUUGGUUAUGGGGCCAGGCUUUUGAAUAAUAAUUGGCAGCGUUAAUUAUUACCAUAUACGCUGAAACUCAAUCGACAGACCCAGUUUUUUUAACUGCUUGCCACCCCCAAGUGCCUGCCCCUCCCUCCCAACCCCGGUUUGGGUAUUCCAUCUCUAAAAGUUUCGCCAUCACUGCCCUAGGUGCAGGCUUCCUGUUGUGUAUACUUUAUCUGCCUCAUUUAUCUUUCCUCCUCACCACAAAUUCUUAUGAAUUUCCACUUGUUUUAUAUAGUAUUACCAAUGCAGAUGCAUUAUCUUAUUCCUUUUUUUGUCUGUUGGAGACAAGUAUGAAUGCUGCAAUUAGCCAAAAUGAUCAGCAUGUAAUGGCCUUUCAGCUUCAAAGCCUGGCUGCUUCCUCCCUGGGGGAAUUUUGUUUGGAGUGUUGGCUGGCCCUGAUUUUUUCAUGUCUGGAAUUCCCCUGUUUUCAGAUUGUUGUUCUUUGCAAUAUUUUCUGUUCUUCUACUGUCUGUGUAGAUGAAGGAGUGCCCAUAUGCAGUGCUCGAGCUCACACAUUCAAAAAGAAAGGCUGGGCCCCUCAGAAAACAGAGGAUUUGCCAGGCUUUGAUGAUGCAAGGCUAUUCAGUACUAUUCAUGCUGGCCAAAAAUGGAUUCCCCUAGGUAGAAAUCAACCAGGCAAGUGGGGUUUAUAUCCCUGUGGAAUAAUGUCCAAGGUGGGAGAAAGAAAUCUUGUCUGUUGGAGGCAGGUAUGAAUGCUGCAAUUAGCCAGAAUGAUUAGCAUGUAAUGGCCUUUCAGCUUCAAAACCUGGCUGUUUCCUCCCUUUGUUGGGUGGUGUUAGCUGGCCCUGAUUGUUUCCUGUCUGGAAUUCCUAUUUCAGAGUGUUGUUCUUUAUUUAGUGUUCUGAUUUUAGUGUUUUUUAAUACUUGGAGCCAGAUUGUGUUCAUCUUCAUGGUUCACAGCAACACAAUAAAAAUAAUAUUAAUAAUAAUAGUAAUAAUAAUGACUCUGAUAAUACACACUACUUCUCUCCCUCCUCAGCCACCUGCCUGGGGGAAUUCUUUCUUGGGAGGUGUUAGGUGGCCCUGAUUGUUUCCUGUCUGUAAUUCCCCUGUUUUCAGAGUGUUGUUCUUUAUUUACUGUCCUGAUUUUAGAGAUUAUAUUGUUCUGUUUUAUUAUACCACAGUAAUUUUUAUAUAUUAUAUUUAUAAUCUUAUAUUAUUUGCUUUGAACUGGAUUAUAUGGGACCCCUUCUACACAGCUAUAUAAAAUCCACACUGAAGUGGAUUAUAUGGCAGUGUGGACUGAAAAUAAUCCAGUUCAAAGCAGAUAUUGUGGAUUAUCUGCCUUGGCAAUCUGGGUUAUAUAGCUGUGUGGAAGGGCCUUGAGUCUACACUGCCAUAUAAUCCAAUUCAAAUCAGAUAAUCUGUAUUUUAUAGGCAGUGUGGAUCAGGCCUAAGUGGGCCCUGCCUGUUGUCAUUGUGGCUGAAUGGGUUGCUGGGAGACAAAGGGGGUGGGGCCUAAAGGGGGCAGGGCCUACCCUUCUGACUGGCAGCCAGGGGGAGAACGGCUCUUCCUCAUCCUCUGUAAUUUGGACUUUACUUUUCUAGGUUUUUUUUAUUGAAAGACAUAGAUUGGACGACUAUGUCUUUUGUGGCCAAAUUUGGUAUGAUUUGGUUCAGUGUUUUUGUUGUUUACUCCAUGGGAAAAACACACAUUACGUUUAUAUAUUCAGUGUUACAACAUCUGUCCCUUUCCCUUUUAGGGUAUAUGUCACAAAGAGGUAAAACAGUUUCUUUUCCAGUAAACUGCCAAUUUCAUAAUGUCUUUAAAUAAAUGAAGAUUGGAUUGUUCUGUUCAUUGGAUGCCAAAAGGGAUGCUGUCAAACUGGAGAAAAUUCCCUACAUAAAAGAGGUUGCUGGGGCAUUUUAAAGUUGGGCAAAAGACAGAUAAGGGGAAACAUGAAGAAAUACCUUGACAUAUUGGUGUGAACAAGAUGGAUAAAGAGGUUGUGCAAUUAAAUUGACUUAUAGAAAAUUCAUAGAAGAAAAAAGAAAGUACCUCUUCCCAUGAGUUUUCAGAGAGUGAUAUUUGUUACUUGAAGAUAUAGUGGUGGCCAUCAACUAGGACAGCCUUAAAAGCCAAUUAAACAAAUACCUUGAAGAUAAAGCUAUGAAAGUAGUAUUCUUGUACUGUAGCUGGCAAAAUAGCUCCACUUUUCAGGAUCUGUUAUAAUGCAUGACACAUCAGAGUUCUCUUUACUUAAAAUUCAGAGGGAACUGUUGCAGCAAGGAACACAAAAAAAAUUGUCUUUAUUUUAAAUGCCUUAGUUGACUCAGACCUCACAAUAGCCAUGUGCUGUAGCCACAAAGACAAGAAACAAAGCUCAAAGGUAGUACGAACAGGAUCAGAAUGCUGAAUGGAACUGUCCAGUAACAGGCAUAUUAUAAUCAGCAAUUCAAUGAAAUAGAUGAAGCGAACCAAAGGAAAAGGUAUAAGAGACCUCUUCCACAAGAUCCAAGAAAUUAAAGGAAAUGUAAAAUGUGUGUGAGUGUGUCUUGUGUGUCUUGAGGAUAACUUAGGAAAUUGAGAGGGUAUUUAGAUUCUUUUGAGCUUCUAGAUGUUUACAGUAUUUUGGAGGUUGGGGUUUGUGCUUAAAAGGCAGAAGCCAUGGCCAUUCACACAGGGAAUUUCAGAUUUUAAAGUAGUUCAAAUUUCAGAAUUUUAGAUAAGGGGAUGUCAACUUGUAUUCACACAUCUUGAUAUUUAAGAUUAGGCAUUAACAUGCAUGCAACUGAAAGCUUGGGGGCAUCAUAAAUAUUUAAAAAAUUUCAAACCUCAUUGUCUUUAUCUCAUUGAGCCUUGUGUAUGCAAUUAUUUUAAGAAUCUCAAGAGUGAACAGAGCUUGUUACAUCUUAAUUGAGAUCAUCAAAGGUAAUUUUAUAUGUUUACCAGAAUAUUUACAAACUUAAUUUCAGAUGUGUUAAUCAUUUUAAAAAGACAACAGGCCCGGGCUGUGGCGCAAGCUGAUGAGCAGCCAGCUGAGACCAAUCACUCUGACCAAGAGGUCAUGAGUUCGAGGCCAGCUCGGAGCCUGCGUUUGUCUUUGUCUUUGUUCUGCCAAGGCAUUGAAUGUUUGCCUUAUAUGUGUAAUGUGAUCCGCCCUGAGUCCCCUUUGGGGUGAGAAGGGCGGAAUAUAAAUACUGUAAAUAAAUAAAUAAACAGCAUAUAUUUAGGGACUUUUAGGUGACCAUACUUUGACAGAGAGUGGUGAUAUCUAACUAUGCUGUUUUAUUUAAUCUUGUUUUAAUGCUUUAAUUUAAAGGGGUUUUUUUUAAGCUUUUUACGUUGCACUAGUUCUAUUAACAGUUUGUCAACAGUUUGUCACAGAUGUUAGGUAUGGUAAUCUUACUAAUAGCAUCAAGUAGAUAUCAAUUUAGUUAUUAUGAGCCUUUUUGGCAAAUAUUCUAAUAAUACUAGUUUGUUCUACAAGAACUCAUCUACAGUGUUGGUGCAUGUCCCCUAAAAACACCACAUACAUUCCCAUUUUUAAAAUUGUUUUGCUUCUGGGAAAUGUUCCUUGGUUUUAUCUCCAUCCACAGCAAAUCUUCAGUGACCACAAACUUGCUUUGAAAUUCAUCCCCUUCUUCCAAGCCAAACAACCAGAUAAAACAGCCACAUAAUUUUUUUCAAAUAAGGAAUUUAGAAUUGCCCCAAAUAGUGAUGAUACUCUCUAAACAAGAGGUGACUUGUCCAAGAGAUCCGAUGACUACAUUCACAGUAUCAAACAGGAGUUUAUUUAAGAGUACAGAGUUAACAUCAACAACUGGUAUGUUUGAAUGACACCCUUGCAUAUGCCAAAAAUAUUCUAGGAUAGAAAAGAAAUUCUCGGAAUUGGGUUUUGAUUCAUUAUUUAACUAAACAUUACAACCUUUCUUUAUUUGUAUAUGAUUGUGAUAAUUAGCAAUUUUAACUCAAUUGUUUUCUCAAAGUAAAAGGAUAAUAUCUUUUAUUCCAAUAUGCAUGUAUGCAUAUGUAUAUAUACUUAGAUAGUGAACAAUUUUUUUACUACCUAAAAAAUAAAUAGGAGACAGAAUACCAUUACUCUAUAGCAAAAAUAGCAAGGAACAUUGUGGUGCCUUAAAUUUUAACGACUUUUGUUUGAUGUAAGCUUUGGUGGAUUUCAUUUCUCUGGCCCACUUCAUGAUUCAGAUGUAACAGAUUAAAUAUUUAUUGUGAUUCAUAGCUAAAGUGGGAAGGACUCUACAAAAGGUUAUAAUUCUACUACAUAAUUCUUUUUAGUAAUCAAAAUGUGUGAUAAGAUUUUGAUUUUACCAAGAUUUUUAGUGCAGUGUAUGUCCCCAAAACAAAAUGUGCUGAAAAUAACUUAGGUGUAUGUGUGUGUGUGUGUGUGUGUAUACAUACAUACAUACAUACAUACAUACAUACAUACAUACAUACAUACAUGUUGUGAUGACUUUGGGGUCCACUCUGACAGAUGUAUGUUAAUAAUCCUGAAUAUAUUAGUGAUCAUUAAACUAUUUCAAAAUACAUUUUAAUUACUUUUUGUGAAUUUGAUUGAAGGCUUUUGCAUUUAUCACUGAAUUCAUAUUUUCCUCUAAUGAUCAAGUAUAUAGCUACUAUGAUUUGAAGCUUGUCUUUCCAGGAACUUUGGGUCAUACUACUUUAUUUUUGCAGUAACCUUGGAGCCUGUGAAGGACAUCAAGCUUGUGAUAAAAGUGAUACCCAUAGUUACGCAUGAUUUAGGCGUGGAAUUUCCCUUUCCAUAAUCCAGUAAUGUAAUUAUUACAUUAUAUAGGUGGACCAAAAGUCAUGAAGGGGUUUCAAUAUUUAAUAGGUCCUUUAGUUUUUGUUUUUCAUUUACAGUACUGUGUCAUCUUGCCCAAUAUAUAUAGGACAUACAUUUCCAUUAUGUGUAAAAUCAAAUCUAAUUAAUGGCAUCCAGUACCAUAGUAUCAUAUACAGUGUCUAUAGAAUCCCUUCAUGACUUUUGGCCUAUCCUGUACUUAGCUUUUCCUUUUGGACAACACAGAAUUACCCAUGACCCUUCGAUUUUACAUAUACAGUACAUACACAUACACAGACUGCAUUAAAACCUGAAGGUAUUACAUUUAAAUUUUCAAAAAUAAUGUCCAAAGUAUUUGAUUAUAUAUUAAUUUUUGGUGAUUCACGAUUAUCAUAUAGUUUAGCAUACACAGUUCAAAAAUUGUUAUUAAGGUAGAAAAUAAGGGCUGUAUGUGUUGAUUGUUCACUAUUAUGCAACAAUUCACCAAGUUAAUAUUUUAUUCCUCAAUGUUUAUUAAACCGGGAAGCAUAACUGCUGAAUUUGUACCGGGCUGACUUCUUUCCAGUGCAGAGUCAUUGUAGCUUGUGGCAAAGGGGUAGUCUGAACUUAAAUCCAUACUUACUUUGCCACUGAAAUGUUUUAGAAAAAUAUAUGUUUUGAUAACAAAAUUUAAAUUUCUGUUUUUAAAAAAUAAUACUGGCAUUCCCUCCUUUUCCUAUCUCGG